AUGGCAUGUGUUAAUUUCAAUUCUCCUUAUCAAGCGGAAAAAAGAAGAACGUCUGAAAAUGCUGAUAACUCUAAAUUGGAGACUGUAUAUAUGCCCAUAAACUACUCUGACAUGGAUCUUAUUUUAUUUCCAGAAGGAUCAUUAAAAAAUAUUAACAAUACUGUAGUAAAUGAAAAGCAUUUAUUUGGAAAAUCUGUAGCCAUAUUUUUUUCAAAUGGAAGUGAUCCCAAAUGUAGAGCAUUUUUACCCUUCUUACAACAGUAUUAUAAGACCAUUAACGAAGGAGGAUCAAGCCAAAAAAUAGAAGUAAUUUUUGUAAGCAUAGAUCCAGAUAGAAAAUCAUUUGAAGAUCAUAAAAAACAUAUGCCAUGGUUAUAUGUAGACGUAGCUGACCCUUUAACAGAUAUAUUGAAAAAACAUUUCCGAGUAACAAAUUCUCAUGAAGUACCUUUCUAUGGAUCAGGCCCAAGAAGUGAUGUCCCAUGUUUAAUUGUUGUUGGAAGUGACGGAAGGGAAGCCCAACUUUUACACAUUUGUAGUGGAAGAGAUGAAGGUGAAAAGGGAUUACUAAGAUGGGAUUUCAGAAAUAAUAUUUAUACACCAAACAAAAAGGAAACAUGCUAA